AUGCCACCAGCAGUGACAACCGGUGACCAAUUUAAGCUGUCCAACCUACCGACGGAUACGAUAAGUGCUGUGCACUUCCAGCCGGGCAAAGGCGCUCAGUUCCUGUUGGCGUCCAGCUGGGACUGCAUGGUACGCCUCUACGACGUCACUUCAGGUGGUCAACGCUCCUCCUACGAGCAUGCCUGCCCGGUACUCGCCAGCUGCUUCGCCGACGCUCUGCACGCCAUCUCAGGCUCUCUCGAGGGCGCCGUCAAAUACUUCGACCUCAACACAUCUCAAGGCAUGCUCUUCCCACUUCUUUUGAAUCUUCAUGCUUCUUUUACCAACUUGGGUAAAUGUAACCGCGCCGUAAGCGUGGCACUCUACAGCCAGGCGAUCGGUGCGCCGCUAACGGGCAGCUGGGACAAGACAGUGCGCGUAUGGGACCCCCGGGCGUCCAACACGACCUCCACUGGCGAUGCGUCCGCGGGCGGAGCAGUCUCGGUGCACCAGCAGCCCGACACUGUCUUCACCAUGGACGCCGUCAAUACCACCCUGGUCGUGGGUACUGCCGGUCGCCAUGUCCUCCUCUGGGACCUCCGCAACAUGGCUCAGCCCAUUGAACAGCAAGAGUCUACCUUGCGGUAUCAGACCCGCAUUAUUCGUUGUUUUCCUAACGGCCAGGGGUUCGUCAUGGGUUCUAUUGAAGGUCGCGUUGCGGUGCGUAUGUUUGACAAGAGUCAGGAAUCUCAAAAGAAAUCGUACGUCUUUAAAUGUCACCGCAAGAAGGAAGAGAACCGUGAAGUGAUCUACCCUGUAACGGCAAUCUCAUUCCAUCAACGCUACAACACUUUCGCUACAGGUGGAUCGGAUGGCAUGGUGAACACAUGGGAUGGAUUCAACCGCAAGUGGUUGGCUCAGUUUGAGAAAUACUCCACAACAAUAAGCAGUCUCGACUUCUGCGAGGAUGGCACACAAUUAGCGAUCGGAGUAUCCUACCUCUAUGAGAAUGGUGAAAUCCCCAACGUGCCCGCACCAGCCAUCUACAUUCGCUCGGUGGCCGACUCGGAGGUGCGGCGCAAAAACAUGGCACCAGCCAACUCAGCUUCCGGCGGUGCCACUAUCUCAGCCCCUCCAACCGUCCCUCCUACUCCACGUCCAAAUUCCCGUACAGAUUUCAACACGCAAGGCAUCAUUGCUACUUUGGUGACUUUUCAAUUCUGCUCUCAUGUUGGAAAAUGUUACAAGAUGAUGCUUGUUAAGAAAUGCGGUGAAAAGCGCUUUAAUCGCGGCUACUUUAACGUGCUGGAUCGACGAAAAUGUCUAGUGAAAUCUUACCUCGUAGGCUCACAUUCGGGCCAGCAACAAAAUGUGACUUCUUACAGUCUCAACAUCCUCCUUACUCCAUAUAGUGUAAAGUAUUUUAGUCGUCGCCGAUUCGUCCAAGUAGUGUGGGACCGCAUGGUGAACAAGCGAAUGGCUGCUGAAGAGCGCAGCUACGGGUGCCUCCAUCUGAAGCAAAAGAAAGGAUCAAACCAAAUCAUAUUCACCGCUCUUUAA